AAGUUACCUAACUUUUACACAAAACACGCACUUCCCAUAAGCAUCAGCCUCAAAGGGCUCCAGUUUUCUGUCCCCGUCACAUCUCGGGCUCAGGGAGCAGAGGCACAGACAGAGCCACCGCCGAGGGACCCCAAGGCUCCGAACUGCCAAGAUGCUCCUGCUGCUUUCCCUGGCCGCCGGGCUUGCCCUCUGUGCCUCCGCCGUCACGACAGAGAAAGAAACCCCUCUGAGCCAAGAGUCACUCCAUGACAUCCAGAAGAAAGUCACCGACCUCUGGCAGAACCUGCUCUACCCAGUAACGCCCGGUAACGGCAGCGAGGGGAUGAUUUACGCCGCUUGCGAAAUGAAGCCCAGCUCCAAAAUAGAUGCCGACAAGCCACAAGUGACCGGACAAGUCUUAUUCAGGCAGUAUUACUCACAGGGAAGACUAGAAGCCGUUUUUCACUUGGAUGGGUUUCCCUUGGAUAACAACCAGUCCGGCAGAGCUAUACACAUCCACGAGCUGGGGGACCUCAGCAGAGGCUGCGAUGCUACGGGAGGACACUACAACCCCUUCAGCGUCAACCACCCCCGUCACCCGGGGGACUUCGGCAACUUUUUCCCUAAAGAAGGCAAAAUCAGAAAAUACAAAACCAAUCUCCCUGCCACGAUGCUUGGUCCCUACUCCAUCAUGGGCAGAUCCGUUGUCAUCCACGAGCAGGAAGACGACAUGGGCAAGGGCAACAAUAAAGCCAGCCUGGAAAAUGGGAACGCCGGGAAACGCCUGGCUUGCUGCGUGAUCGGGGUAUGCAGCAAGAACCUGUGGGAAGAGAAACUGCCCGAGGUUACGGACAAGAAGAAGAGAGGCCUUGGCAAACGAGCACAGAACUAGGCUUGGGUGAAGACCAACAAGCCAGCUCCAGCCCGGGCAGCACAAAGAACCUUUAGGCUGUGCCGCCGAGACACACGGGGAAGGGAUUCCCCGUUGCCACUCGCUUGCUCCUCUAAGAAACUCCUAUCACUGUGUAGAGCCCUCCUGUCUGUAAAGCCCAGCAAUAAAAGCAGCAUCAACUCAA